CAUCACCGACUGACAGAACAAGGAGAACAGAGAGCUGAGGAACCAGACGCUGGAACACAGACUGCUGCUGGAGGAAAAACAAAGAAAUCAAAGUAAAACUUCACUCAGAGACAAAAUGGCUUCCAUAUCAGAGGAGGAUCUCUGCUGUCCAGUCUGUUAUAAUGUCUUUAAGGAUCCGGUUUUUCUGUCAUGUAGCCACAGCUUCUGUAAGGAGUGUCUGAAGAACUGGUGGACAGAGAAACCAUCAAGAGAGUGUCCAGUUUGUAAGAGGAGAUCUUCUAAAUUUGAUCCUCCCUGUAAUCUGGUUCUGAAGAAUCUGUGUGAGUCUUUCUUACAGCAGAGAGAGCAGAGAGCUUCAGAGGAUCUCUGCUCUCUGCUCUUCUGUCUGAACCAUCAGCAGCCAGUUUGUCUUGUCUGCAGAGAUUCAGAAAAACACACCAAGCACAGAUUCAGACCCAUCGAUGAAGCUGCUCAGCAACACAAGAAGAACCUUCAGGAAACUCUGGAGCCUUUAAAGAAGAAGCUGGAGCUCAGGAAGAAAGUUCAGGAGGAGUUUGAUCAGACAGCAGAACACCUGAAGGUCCAGGCCCGACACACAGAGAGGCAGAUUAUGGAGCAGUUUAAGCAGCUUCAUCAGUUUCUAGCAGAGGAAGAGGAGGCCAGGCUGGCUGCACUGAGGGAGGAAGAGGAGCAGAAGAGAGGGAUGAUGAAGGAGAAGAUGGAGGCUCUGAGCAGAGAGAUAGCAGCUCUUUCAGACACAGUCAGAGCCACAGAGGAGGAGCUGAGAGCUGAAGACGUCUCAUUCCUGCACAACUACAAGGCUGCAGUGGAAAGAGUCCAGCGCUGCCCCCUGCUGGAGGAUCCACAGCUGCCCUCAGGAGCCCUGAUAGACCAGGCCAAACAUCUGGGCAACCUGGCCUUCAACAUCUGGAGCAACAUGGAGACCAUGGUGACCUACACUCCUCUGGUUCUGGACCCAAAUACAGCUGGUCCAGAACUCCAUCUUUCUGAAGAUCUGACCAGUUUGACUGGAGGAGAAGAACAGCAGCUUCCUGAUAAUCCAGAGAGAUUUGAUUGGUGGUCUGUUGUGAGUUCUGAGGGUUUUAACUCAGGGAAUCAGAGCUGGGAUGUUGAUGUUGGAGACAGUUCAUUCUGGGAUCUUGGUGUUUUAGAAGAGUCUGUUCAGAGGAAAGGAAGGAUAAAGUCUGGAUUGUUGUGCAUAGAGUUCAAUGGAUGUAGCUACUCAGCACGUUCUCCACCAGCUCCUUCCACUUGUCUCUCCGUCCAGAAGAAUUUCCAGAGGAUCAGAGUGAAUCUGGACUGGGACAGAGGAAAACUGUCCUUCUCUGAUCUGGAUACUAACACACACAUACACACCUUCACACACACCUUCACUGACAAGAUGUUUCCAUAUUUCUACACAAAUAAAACAGUAAAGAUCCUAACAAUGAAAAGCUCAGCGAUCAAACAUGAGCUCUGAUGAUCUCAGCAUGAAGAACAAAAACUCCAAAUUAAACAUUAUUGAUCAGAUGAUUGGUUGGUUUUUUGAUGUCCUGUUUAGCUUGCUGCAUUAGCAAUUGUAUUUCUAUUAUUUUAAAUGUCAAUGUUUUUAAUCAGGAAACUGGAGAUGAUAUUCAUUUUCCUGAUUAAAAACAUUUGAUUUGUAAAAACAAGGAUUUAUUAUCCAUGGAUGUUUUCAACAUCACCAUCUGCACAGACAUCCAACACAUAAUGUUUCAUUUUAAUUUAAGCAUUAUUGUUUGUACAAAUGAGCCUCUUCCAAUCCAAACCUUACGUUUUGUUUUGUAUUUUUCUUGUUCAUUUUGGAAGAACUUCAUGCAAACAAAUAUAUCAGCUGCUUCAUGGGAACAAAUGACCAUUCUUCAUGAAUGUCUGCUGUUAAUCUGAAACAGCAAAAAUAAAACCAAUAAAAACAGA